AACAACAAAAAUAAAAAUCUUCCUUCAGUAGAGCGAAAGCAGCUGUCAAUAAAAAAGUAAAAUCCUUAAAAAAGAAUUUCAGAAAGAAUUAAAUUAAAAUUUUCCAAAGAAAAAUGAAGCCAUCAGGUAAUCCACACGCAAUGCCGUUGCCAUCUAAUUUACCCUGGAAAUCAGAAUGUAUGCCUUGGUCCAUGACAACUGCAAUGCAGCAGCAAAAUGGUGUUGUCCAAUUUUCAGCUCCAAAUCUAAUCAUGGAACCCUAUACAAGACGUACCCAGAAUCUCCAUAAACGCAAAUCUAAAAUUAUUCCACCAUUACCGAACAAACAAUUUAUUUCCGAAGAAAAAGUUAUUGCCCAUUUCAGUGGAAUGCACAUAUCCCGAAAUUACACUGAACACACUGCUGGCACUAGCACAAGCAACGAUUCCUCCUGCAAUCAAUCAUCCAUGGAAUACGACUUCAAUAAUCCAAUCACACAAAAGGAACUUGAAGAGAAACUCAAAAAUGCCAACCGCAUAACUGUUUGCGAUGAAAUCAAGAAAUUGCACGCCGUUCACUCCAGUUUCAUGCCCAAUGCACUAAUUCAAAAUCGAAUAGAAAGGCCAUGCACAGCUUUAGUUUUAUGGACACCACCGCCUAAAUUGGAAGAUCUCUUACCCGAAGGAAAUAAUCCCAGAUCAUCACAAAAUAACAAUUCUAUUGAAGACGACGAUGAAGAAGUAGACAAUAAUAAUUCUAUUAACUCUAAUAUGAACAUUAUGGAUGCAUCUACAGGAGAUGGCAUGGACACAGAUUUGUAGUGACUCGUUUGGCUUUCAAACAAAUAUGUCUAAAAAACGCAUGUUAUUGAGACAGCGUUAGUAUUUGUGAGAAAUGUAUCUAAGAAGUGAUAAAGAGAUAAAACGAAAUGAGCUGAGAAGAUUAUAAAAAUUAUAAACAGAAGUUAUUGAUGUCGGAAUUCUGCUUCGAAUACCGAAAAAAAACUUAACCUAAUGAAGAAAGAAAUAUACACAAUUUCAUUUCUUUUAUUUUUGUCGACAUUUGCAAACAGAAUUUUCAUCUGACUGAAUUCUGUGAUAGGGAUUUAGACUUUAGUUGGCUCCAAGUGAACUGGGUCGUGUCAAGAUUUUAGAAAAGCUAUGUUUUACUUUUUUUUUUAUAUAAAAUUAAACUUUAUUGUCUCGUCGUUAGCCUAUAAGUGUGACAAGAAAUAUACUAUAAA